AGCUGUUGGGUUCAAAGUUUCAUUUUUGUUUGUUGGCCAAACUGGGGUUGGCCAAAUGGAUGCAUCUUCCAAGGAGACGCAGGCACAGAUUUUGCAGAUGACGCAAUUCAUUCUGAAUGAAGCCAGAGAUAAGGCGGAAGAAAUCGACACGAAGGCGUUGCAGGAAGAGAGCAUCGAACGAUUGAAGAUCGUGAAUUCCAUGAAGGAGAAGAUUCAGCAGGAGUAUGCGCGGAAAACAAAGCAGAUUGAGACCCAGGCUGCGAUUGAAAGAUCCACGGCCAUUAACAGGUCAAGACUGGAAAAGAUCAAAAGUCGACAGGAGAUGCUGGGAAAGCUGCAGGAAGACUCCCAGAAAGAGCUGGCCAGUCAGCUUCAAGACAAGGCAGCACAGAAAAAGUUUAUCACCAAGCUCAUUGUGCAGGGCUUGCUGAUGCUUCUGGAGGACAGCGUCGAGGUUCGAUGUCGGAAAUGUGAUGAGGCACUGGUUUCUGAGUGCAUCAAUGAUGCAGUGAGAGAAUACACCCAGGUCAUCAAGGACUCGACUGGAGCGUCAAAGAGCUGCAAGUUGACUUUGGAUCAGACGGUGCAGCUCCCCCCGGCGCCGAACGGCGAUGCUUCGGUGCCCUCAUGCCUCGGCGGUGUAGUUUUGGCCUGCCAGAAGGGCGCCAUUACCAUUGACAACACCAUCGAUUCCCGUUUGCAGCUAGUCAUGGAACAGGCAAAGCCGACGAUCCGGCAGCUGCUGUUCCACUGAAGGGCACGCGAGUCUGAAGCUGAGCUGAGUUCUUCAAUGUUUGAAGGGCUCUCAAAUCGAACUUAUUCCCUCCAGUGUUCCCAUUGUUGGAGGCCAGAUUUGGAGAAACACUCUCUAGCUUUCCUUUUGUGCAAGGUUUGCUCUGGAGGCAUCCGCGGGAAUGUAGGGUCAUCGCUCACUAAUGGACUUUCUAGCUGCUUGAUCCUCAGUGGCCCCUCCCCCACCACACACACACACACGUUCCCACCCACACACCAGCAUGAGUGCUUUGCUAAAACUCUUUCCCAAGUGGGUACAGAUUCAGAGGUUUUUUGGUUCCUUUUCAGUCUUUUCAGUUCUGCAAUCUAUGAGGUUCUGCACUUGGUUCUUAGGUGAGAAUUGCAACAAGGCAUUGGUAUUGCACUAUGCACAAUUGGAAGAACAUUGGUGUACAGAUUCCCAAAGACGUCCUCGGCUAAACGUUUGGGAGUUUCGGGAUUCUGGAUGAUGCCACCUGGGCACAGGCCGGAGUUUCUUAGUCGGCGGGACAGUGCUCUGAGCAGUGAAUGGAUCGUGACCUCAGUUCCGUGGAAGCAAACUUGUCAGGUGAACUUGAUACAGUUCCUUCGAGCGGGUGGGUCUUUU